UUUGCGUCUUUCACUAGUGAAACACAAAAGUAUGCUUAGAUCACAGUUCGCCAUAUGAACCGUCCGUUCAGCGGGUGAUCCAACUAAGCCAAUUGGAUUUCCUUAUGUCUCAUGUGGGUUAUUAGUGGCUAUGCCCACCCGUCGUAAGAAUUUAGACUUAAGCAGACUGAAACGUUCUUCUAAAAGGAAUAGAAUAUGUGAUUUAUUCUCCUCCCCGUAAAUAUUUAUAUAUUCUUAACCUGCUUUCAUCACAGUUACGUGCAAUACCUCUUAAUAUUCCUAAUAUGGGGGUUGUUGUUGUUCAUAAAUCGGUCAACAGAUAUGAGAUUUGAGUACUUUUGGCCUGGAUGGCUUUUCAUAUGCUCAAUACAUGACUCUAUGAAAUUCCAAGGAAUGCAAUACACAAUUGUUUUUAUCAUAAUUGUGUUAACCGUAGACCUUGUCUGCUUCUUUGUGGUUCCUGCAACAUGGGUUUAUAUUUGUGGUAGCGCAUAUGUCUGGGUUUAUCUCUUGUGGCACACAGAUCAAGGAUUAUGCUUCCUUACAUUAUCUUUGUGCUUCGUUUUUGUGUACUUUGAGCUUCAUUUCUACCCAAAAGAUAUUAAGUCUAACCAAAGCAUUUACCUUUUCCGCCCAUUCGCAGCACAUAGCAUUGGUUACUCGGUAGUUUGUACGGGGUUUUCCAUUAAACGGUACCUGGACGUAAGGUACCGCAAUUUUAAAAGGAUUGACGUCAGGCGACAGAACUUUCUGCAUUUCCGAAUUCUUCACGAGGCCCUCCCACCCUCUGCUAUAACUGAGAGCUGUUGCGUUCAAAACUGUCUGGAUUAUUUACAAAAAGAACUGCUUGAAGUCGAUGGAGGAAAGAUAUCUGAAGAUUUUUCAUCCGAUGCCUCCAGUCGGUCAGUAGUUAUGUUUCUCCGUUUUGGUCAGUCAUGUCUCAGUUGUUUAGGUCGUUGGGCUUUCGGGCAUUUUGGCACCGUUGACAAACACCACUCAGAUUAUGACAGUAUUUCCAAUCACCCUACCGGUCACGUAUGCGGCAGAACUGGAGGUACUCACAAUAGCUGUGCAAUAAGAAGUGCGGCUAUGCCAAAUAUUUGUACCAGCGAUAGUGGUCGACGUCGAAUUGCACAGUGUCUUGAAUCAAGUCCACCUACGUCACAAGCCAACCGUCGAUGUGCUGCUGAGUCUCCGAUGACUUCUGAUUCUCAUUCUAAAACUCCAGUUAAUGGUUGUCUUACUAAACAGUGUACGAGUGGGAAGCCGGUGAGGGAACGAGGCACGAAAGAAGACCCAGUAACAAGAUUAGAAAAUAAUGUUCGACGCCUCCGCUGUGAUGUACAGUCCAUGCGUGCAUUAGAAACCCAACUGCGUAACCAGCUUGAAAAUCUACAACGUGAUGAUCGUCUUAAUCGGCUCAGCUUGUCUAACCAACGGCAAGAAAAUGAAGCCUUUUCAUCGCGUAUCUCAAAGUUAACUAACAGGUGUCGAAAUGAGAGAGCAAAUCUAAACAAUAUGGAGCAGAGUCUAAAUGAAGAAAUUCGUUUACGUCAAUUAGUUGAAGCUCAGCUCACUGAAAUGAACGUAACUCCAGUGUGUAAUGUAUCCAAGGCAAAUAGUAAUAUUUCAUCUAGUAGCUCAACUGAACAGAGUAUUCCAACAUCUGUUGCUGCUAUUCAAGAAUCCUCUAGUAAUGAGAUAGCAACCAAUGCUGACACAAUACAUCAACAAAAUGAUGCUCAUAAUGUUAUGAAUAAUUAUUGCUGUAAAUUGCGUCAGCUUCUUGAGUCGAAACUUUAUACACUUAGAUUAGCUGUCAAGCAUCGUGAGAAUUUAACACUAGCCUCUAAAAUGCGUCCUUCUGACCAAUUGACAAGGAAGUGUUUAACCAAUAUCAGUUCGAAAACAGUAGUGACGUCGAGCGAUGAUGGCAGUUCUCACCAGUAUGAACCACGUUCGUCGACAUGUAAACUUCAGUCGGGGCAUUUAGCAGGCAAAGAUACUUGUAGAGUUUUAAAUUCAGAGGGUGAAAAUGUUAACGACACAAGUAAUAAUCAUGAUACAUCGACAAAUAAACAUAGACAUGCAUUUUUAGAAAACUGUUUCAAUUUAGCAAAUGAAGAAAGAGAACGCUUAGCGAGUAAUUUACGAACGGAGAACUGGCAGAAACAAGAGUUGCUCACAUUAUACCACACAUCUGUACGAGAAAUAACUGAACUAAACAAAACGCUUAAACAGCGUGACUUACAAAUUCUUGAGCUUACGGUGAAAAUAGAACAACUUGAGUGUUUACCAAAGUCUACUAAAACAUGCGAUUCUGUCAGUCUUGGUGGAUACACUGCGACAUCAGCAGCAGCAACAACUCAGUCGCCGUGUAAUUUGUAUGCUGAUUAUUUCCCGACAGGAGAUAAAGAUUUUAACUAUAAUAAACAACAGAUUUCAUCAAUGCUAUCAGGCAAUUCCGAUAUAAUGUUUUCUGGCGCUUCUACGAACACACUUGAGAACAUGUUUAUCCACCCGACUUCGGAAAAGUAUGAUCAUAAUAAUAAUGGUUCGUCACAAAAUCCUAGAUUUUGUGUAACGUCACCUACGCCACCAAUAGCUUCAUUCACCAACCUGACAGGCUAUCACUACUCUAAAAGUUCUGACCUGGCAACUUACCAUUAUAAAACUAAGCAAAAUCAUCAUCAGAUUCUUUUUCGAGGUAACACUAACCAUGGUUGCUCUUCAACUGCAAAUUUUAAUACUAACCUGUCAUCUUCUUGUUUACUGCCAUCUGAAACCUGUUCUUCCUCGUCUUCAUCGUCUUCUUGUUCAUCAAACGCUAACUACUCACUGCAUACAGAUAUGCAAAUAUUUAAUAAUUAUAAAGAAACACCUAUAAUCACAUCACUCUCUGGUGGUUGUUUAACUGCACGUCGACAGAAGGACCAAAAACAACAGCAAAAUUUAGCUGCUGAUGCUACCUAAUUAUUAUUAUUAUUACUAUUAUUAUUAUUAUCAUUAUUAUUAUUGCUAUAAUUAUUGUUAUCAUUAUUACUAAUAUGAUAAAGCAAUUUAUAAAUGUAUCGCUUACCUUCUGAGUAAGUAUACACAUGCAUACAAAAUACAUUGUUUUCAAUCUCUUCUCUAGUCGUCUACCCAAGAAUACAGUUUGUGUUUUAUAGGGUUUUUCUGUAACGUUAGAAUGUGACAAUUGUAACAACAGAAGACAAGAGCCAGGUAACAGAUCUUUUAUUAAGGAAAUCAAAGGAUAUUUAUAUAUUUUCAUGUACAUUAUUAUAGAUUAGUUAAGCAAAUGAACACAGUCUUCUGAUUGGUUGUUUCUCACUUAGAGUUAAUCUUUCAUCUCUUUGUGACUGUUUCUUGAAUGUCAGAUCAUCUAUAUGUUAA